AUGGAUAAAUUUUUAUUCGACCAACAUUUGCAAGAUUGCACUAUAGUGGAAGAGAAAACAACAUGUUUCGAAACAUUUCUUUAUGCUGAUCCGGAAUACCGAACGACAGUGACCGAAGAGACCAUUCUUGAGGUCGAUGUUUUCGAUGACUUUUUGGAUCAAAAGGGCAGAUUCGAGAACAAAAAUCAAGGAUGCAUCGGAGGAAUUAGGCUCAUCCUGCAAGGAAAUGCAAUCCAUCCUAAUACAUUCGAACCCAAGUUUUUAUCUUUACCUAAAGGCUUUCAUAAAAAAAUGGUGGACGCAAUGCAUCUUCCUCAUUCAUGGAUUGAAACUCUAAGCGCAGUGGGACCAUUUUACUGGUCUGGAUAUGAGCAAAACGAAAAUGAUCUUUAUCUUCAGAUAAUAUACCGCAAGAGUGACGUGAAAAAACCAUCUAACGCUCGGAACUGGGAAUUGAUUCUCUCACACUCUCUUAAGACUGGUAUCACGAACGCUUUCUUCAAGGGUACACCUCGAUCUGAUGUUGCUCAAUGUAUUAAAUGUCUUCGUGAAUGCGUCGGUGAAAUCGACCAUCCGCUGUUCCUUCCCGCUCUUGUCUUUUCUUGCGAUAUUGAUGUCGGAGAAGACAAACGCCACAGAGACAAUCGAGAACGGGUCCGAAUCCUAGAAAAAGAUGUGAUAGAAAUAUCCCACAAAUAUGCUGACCCCGACUUUACCAGGAGAGAUAACGUCAAUCUUCCACAAAUCAACAGUGAUCUAGUAGACUGCCAUAAGAAUGUUUUGUGGAAGCGACCGGAAGGGUAUACUACUAUUGUCCAAAAAAUGGAGAAAACAUUAGCCGACUUCAAAAAUUUGUGGCCGGAUGAAAGAAAGGAAAGACUAAGGAAGAUUCAAACAAUGAUGGAGGGAAGGCUUGAAUUACUGCAGUCUAGACUUCAGGGAAUAAGCACCCAUCGUGAAGUUACAAUCUCAAGGUUGAAACUGAUUGGGGACGUGUUAGAAAAUUUGGUCUCGCUGGAUAUUCAUAAGCAAGAGAAAGAGAGACAAUUUGGUAAAUACAAGAGGCAGAGAACUGCACGGUUAAUGGAAAACAAAGAUCAAGAGCUGAAAGCAAAGGAGAAAACACAGAGAGAGCUAGAAAUAAUGCUAGAGACACGGAAGCAGACAACUAUGUCAUUGCUAGGCGUUUUGUUUCUACCUGGUACUUUCUUUGCAGCAAUUUUUAGUACCACUUUUUUCAAUUUUCAACACGGUGUUUACGCGGGGAUAGUCUCGAAGAAAUUUUACGUCUACUGGGCAUCUACAAUUCCGACCACUUUGACAUUGUUGGGCAUGUGGCUCCUCUGGCAAAGAAGGACUAAGAAAAUGCUAGAGAAAAGAGAUGAGGAAUUUCGAGAUCUUGAACUACAAAGCAAAAGGGCACGAGAUGAUAUAUACAGAGAAGAAAAUAACUUUUGGGGAGCAGAUUAA